CCCCCAGAGGAGGCCCAGAACCGGUUCAGAUAUCCACCGCCACCGAUGUCGGUCGUGAGCGCGUUUCGCAUUGCGCUAACCACAACCCCACCGCUCCCUACGCGCACAACAUCCCCGCACGCACGCACGCGGCGGAGGAGGAGGAGCGGAACAUGAACGGCGGAUCGAGGCGAGGAGGGGCAUUCGGCAUGGAGGCGCGCCGCGCCGCUACGGAGGAGAAGAGAGCGAGAAAGCUCAAUUUCUCAUCCCGGCAGCAGAGUGGAAGAGGAAUAAAAUGAAAUAAUCCCUACAAACGUCCGGGACGUCGCAACGUGGUGGGGCAGGGGGACACAGUCGGCUCCCGGCAGCCAUCCCCGCCUCGUGUAGCCGGGGCGUCAUUUUCGUGGCAUUACCAUUUUCACGGGGUGAGAAAACAAUAACAACAAUGUAAUCAAUAUUUUAUUUUGCCGGCGUUCGCGUGAACGUUGCGCGCCCAUGGAAGCAUUCAUUGUCUGGGUCGAAUGAGACCGCACACGGGAAUUUAUGGGUUUGUCAUAUACAGUGCGUGCGGGUGCGCGCGUGUGUUAUAUAUGAAUGAAUUAAAUGACAUCUGGGCCACUGUGCAGAGAGCCACUGCAGCAGAUGUGGUGGCGGUGCGGUUUUUUGUGGUGGGGGUGUUUAUUCCGUGGCAACGAGCUGGCGGAUUUCGUGGCAUCAGCAGCGGCGCGAUUUGAGAAUUCCUCUCCUAAGAAAGAAGAAGGGAACGCACGUGUAUAUAUAUAUAUUUUUUAAUAAAAUCACGGACGGCGCUUGACCAAAAUUCGUGGGACGAUGCCCCCGGCUGUUAAAAAGAAGAGGCACGGGAGGAAGAGAUCGACGCGACACAGAGGUUGAACGAUGACCAAGUCCUCCAGGACGUCUCAACGAGGAAUGAGCAGCAUACGCGGGCAAUAGAGUCGGAGGUUUGGAGCUGCUGAAUAUAACUGACAACAAAGGAAAUUAUCGGAAGCAAAUGUGAGGCUCAAAGUAAGACUGAAAUAGGGAUGCUACUGCCCGGGGGUGAAAUGUGAACUCAAAUCGUCGGAGGUCACAAAAUUCCAUCCCUUACAAUACAUUCAAGGUAAAAAAAUGGAAUGGCUGCAAUGCAGCUGCUGUAGCAUGCCUGUGCACUGGCGUGUGACCUUUGUCCAAUGGUAGAGUCUUAUAAAAGCGUGCACUUUCUUUUACAUGCACUCAAAAGACAAUAUUCAUCAAUCCGGCCAACCAAAAGAUGAACUCUCUCAUGCACCUGCCUCCGAAUUGUCCUAUCACAACAACAAUAGCCUCCUCCCACAAGCAGAAGGGAUGUCAUCUCUCAACUAGCGCUCUUGCUUCGACAGUCCGACCAAGGAGACAUUCGGCCGUGAAUGCGAAGGAAGGGCCAACCAAUGGCUUGUAUUCAAUCGACUUCGAAGACAAGCGAGGGGGGACCACUCGACUUGUUUCUGGAGCAGCUCGUCCCACCAGAGCGCCACUAAGGCGACGGAGCGCGUGACCGAGGCGCUCGAUACCGGAACGCACGCGUGCAUUUGAGGGCCCUGCUUGGCCAUGCCGGUACGCAAAUACCGCCCGGUGCGGUUCCUGCGGCCUCCUUGGUCAGUGAAACGCGGCCACCUCGGGUGCCGCUCGCACCUCGUCGGGCCCUUCAGCAUCUUCUGCCUCUUCGUCGUCCUCUCCGCCUUCCCGCCGCAGUGGCUAAGCUCGCGGCACGCCGCCCCUUUUGCCUUUUCUCCGGUUUCGCCAGACUACGGAGAGAGUGAGCGACAGCCCCAGCCGCCGCUGCUAGUGGGGGAGGACGGAGGCGUCUUCUACCGCGCGCGGGGGUUUACACGGCGCCGAAACACCGACGCGCUAGCAGCGUGGACGCUGCGGGCUCGUUCGGAGUGGACAGACGGGCGUUCGAAUUACGCGGGCGACGGAAAACCCGUUUAUGCAAAGGCCACUGCGGUGAAGGUGAACGCCUCAAAGUCUGGGCCAGCAGUCCACAGGUUGGUGUCAAUGGGUCACGUGGAGUUUGCCGAGAACCUUUCUGUCGCCCACGCUGCCUCCGAUGGUGACAACGAUGUUCCGAUGGAGAGCCACAAUUUUGCGUACAUCCUCAACGAGCCCAACAAGUGCAUGCCGAGCCACCCCUUUCUCGUGCUCCUCAUAUCUUCCGUGCCGGCGCAGCUCGACGCCCGCCAGGCUAUCCGUGAUACCUGGGGGAACGAGAGUCUGGUGCCGGGCAUCGUCAUCAAACGGCUCUUCCUGCUGGGAGCGGCGCCUGCGGAGGCAGGAUCGUUGCGUGUGCAGUCGCUCCUCGAGGAAGAGAGCCGUCGUCACGGGGACCUCCUGCAACAGAACUUUGUGGACACUUACUACAAUCUGACGCUAAAGACCAUGAUGGGCCUCCACUGGGUGUCGGAGCACUGCUCUGACGCGGCCUACGUCAUGAAGACCGACAGCGAUAUGUUUGUAAACGUGGAGUUUUUGGUGAGCACGGUUCUCAAGCCAGAGCUCCACCAGCCUUCGCUCCCUGACUACUUCACGGGCUACCUGAUGCGCGGCUACUCCCCGAACCGCAAUCCCGAGAGCAAAUGGUACAUGCCGGUGGAGGUGUACCCGGGGGAAAGGUACCCCACUUUCUGUUCGGGCACCGGCUACGUUCUGUCGGGCACACUGGCCGCUCGCGUCUACCGCGUGUCCCUCACCAUCCGGCGGCUGCACUUGGAGGACGUCUACGUGGGGCUGUGCUUGGCCAAACUCCGUGUGACGCCCACCGCUCCGCCCAGUGAGUUUCUCUUCAACCACUGGCGGGUGUCCUACUCGGCGUGCAAGUACAGCCACCUGGUUACGUCGCACCAGUUCUCGCCGGCCGAGCUGCGCCGCUACUGGGGUCACCUGCAGCAGCACCGGAGCAGCCCCUGUGCGGGCAGGCGCGGCAAGGGCCGCAACCGGAACAUUCGAGCCCGCCGGCGCCGGCAGGAGAUUCCAGAAAGGCUGCCCCGGAAUGCGAUUCACAUCAACUGACGGGCCCUGGAGAGGAACCAAUCAAUGGACGUGGAAUGUCGAACGCUUACUUUCUGUGAUCGUACAACGUGAAUAUGAAAGGAAUCGAGGUUUUUGAUGUUGGCCGAUUGACAGCAAGCUUCCUCUCGUCAUUCCAGGUUAUCCUGUCGUAAUGCAUUUGAGGUUUUUUUUUUGCUCCGCAGAACCUUCCCCUGUGCCAUUUUUUUAAUCACAAUUCCACCUUCCUCCUGCCUGCUGCACUUACUCCUUGCACUGCUUCCCAUGACGUCAUCUGUGUCCCAUCUGAUUCACAUGUCCGAGUGACCUUUAUAUCCAUGACGUCUGAUCUAAGUAGGGCAUUCAUUUGCCACAUUUCGUUUCUAUUGCAGUGGAUGAGAAACCUGGAGUGAGAAUUGGUGACAAGAGCCUGCACAAUGCUUCUGGAAAGAUUAUGGUUUAAGUUAAUAGACCACACAACGCAUUUCGAUGUGACACCGUUUGGACUCGGCAAUUCCCUAUAUUGAUUUUUAAACGUCCUUGCAGAAAUUGUUUACAUUUUAUAACUUAUACAGAUUUGAUAAAAAAUGAAAUCGUAUAGCAUGAAGUGCCCAGUACGGUUUAUCUUUAAACAAACUAUGGGUCCACUGGAGCGCUUUUGGGGCCAAUGAAUGAGUGUUUUUCAUGACAUCUGACUGUCGACCAGGCCUCGUUGGGCCCACCGAAAUGAAGCUCACCCACUAUGCCACCAGUCACCUACCGGAAAGUGCGACAGUUGCCACAAACACUGCUGUAAGCGAUUAUCAUCUUGUAUGGGAUUGUUGUCAUCCCCGACACAAGACUCUUGAUGAACACCACGAUGGUUGUGGUAAGCUGUGGUGUUGUGCUGCAGUGCCAAAGGGGUAGUGAUCGUCAUCAGGAUGUUUUUUUUAAAAGCCAUUUCAAUCCACUGCUGAAUUAAGGGGCUGCUACGCCAGUGCCCCGACACCAAGUCCUAUGCAGCCACGAAAGGAAAAUACAGCAGCGCUGAGUUUUACUCUGAAUCGUUGUUGAAUUCACCACACGGUAGUGACAUUGUUUUCAUGUUUUAAGGUGUUUUAGCUGAGCAUUUUAAAUAAUGUAAGACAUGGUCGUGCGAGCCUGUGACCAUAACUCUCCGAUUGCUCCACGUUACUGCUCUACACAGCGCUAGACUCCCAACCCCAAAGUGUCACAAUUACAUGACGAUUUGGGUAAGGGCUUGGUGCAGAUCGUGUUGCAGUUUGGUUAACAUGGGAAUGAAAUGGGGUCCCCUGUCCAAUUUUUCAUUCACUCAUUGUAGGCAAGCGCCUGCACACCUUCAACCCGUGGACCCAGCUACAAUUGUACCACUCAAUAGCUAUGCCGCCGAAUGCAAAUUUUCUGAAUGCACCCAGUGCAUGCAAAGAAUUUGCCUCGGGAGUAUCCCACGUCGGAAAAAAGGGGCAUUUUUUCGUGGCUUUUUUGUUGUGAACUUUUAAAUAAUUGAUGUUCGUAUGAAACUUUAAUAUAACUAUCGAAACCUUACAACAGAAUCCAAAAUUGGACAAAUUGAUGAGAGGUUCAUAUAAAAUAAAUGGAACUGAAAUGAUAAAAGGUGAUUCGGUGUAAAUUUUAAGAAAGACUUUUGUGUGGGAGUUCAAGUUGAACGUCAGCAAGCCUGGUAUGUAACUUGAACCAUAAAACCCCAUUCUCAAAUGUUGCUAGCCCCAACACGCCUAGUCUUAACCUUGCCUGGCAUCUUUCACCAUAAAUAGGACACUUAACAAGCCUAACCUUUAUCAGUCAACUUUAACAAGGCACGUCUUUGGCCUGACCCUAACACAUCCGGGCGCUUACCCAAACGCUAAUCACUACUCUGUGUAGUUUGAACCUUGCCAUAUUGAUUGAUUGACCUUUUCUCUCCCGAUAUCAAAUCGAUGUCUCAUCAACUCAAGUUCUUGAUGCACAACCCAAGGAGCAAUUUAAGCCAUUUCCAAUAAUGUUGUGAGUUAGUAAUGCUGUAGCCAAUUCGCAUGCCCUUUUUGUUUACUCGCAAAUUAUGGCCGAAAGAGAUUUCGGAUCAAAAUGUGAUGCACUCUACCACCAAGUGUCCCUGCAGAAGACAGUCUAACGGAUAAGGGGGCCUUCCUGUUUGAGGCUGAUGUUUUGAAGGCGCCCUUGGUAUGUAGAAUCGAUUGAAAACUGAACCUCACAGCCUAUAACGUGUCUCACUAUGUGUGUGCAGCCCUUGCCCCUGUGUGCACUAUGAAAUGUAACGUACGUGUAUAUGCACUAUGAAUUAUGGUGUUGGGCCUUUCAUAUUAUCUGCAUGCUGUAGGCCUAGGGCGUCAUAGUGAUGCAGAGUGCAGCGUAACUACCCACUGACUACUCGGUUGCAAUUGUGUACAUACAAUAUCAAUGGGCUCUCACCUGCUUAAAUAAAGGAUGUGAAUUCAUGGAUUUUUUUUUUACACGGUUAUUUAUCAUGAAGUUUCACAGUACAGUAUGCUGACCAUACACGGUGCAAUUAAGGCCGCAAUUAGCAGAGGCCAGCACUCGUGAAAUAAAACUGAGAUCGUGCUUA